AAAUGCCUCGAAAACCGUCUUAUCAGCUCUUAUGUCGUGAUUUAGUUUAGAGGAAUGGUUUUGGAUUUACUGUUUAAGUUGCAUCGCCUGGUUUUGGACCAAGAAUCAUCUGUCUGGGAUUUCUGAUUUUGUCAGGACACAGGACUGCUACUGGACAUGCAACCGGCUGUGCUGGGCCUGUUUUGCCGAGGUUGUCUUAGUAGGGCGCGGAGUUUGCCCGGUCGCAGCUUCAGCUGUUUGCCCAGGCAGAUGAGCAGAUGGAACAGCCAGGAGACCUCCGGCCCCCUACCUCCGCAGGAAAACCCCCGGGUCCUCAUCACGGGUGGUCUUGGGCAGUUAGGUGUGGGACUCGCACAUAUAUUGAGGAAACAGUACGGAACAGAGAAUGUAAUCCUGUCAGACAUUAAGAAGCCUCCACCUCAUGUUUUCAGCAGUGGCCCAUUUGUAUACGCUGAUGUGUUGGACUACAAACUUCUCAGAGAACUGAUUGUAAAUAAUCGUAUCACUUGGCUGGUCCACUACAGUGCUCUGCUUAGUGCUGUGGGCGAGGCUAAUGUGGCUUUGGCACGCAAGAUCAACAUCACAGGCCUUCAUAAUGUGCUGGACUUGGCCCUAGAGAACUGCCUGCGCAUCUUUGUCCCCAGCACCAUUGGGGCGUUCGGUCCCUCCUCUCCACGUGACCCGGCCCCUGACCUCUGUGUCCAAAGACCUCGAACCAUCUACGGCGUUUCCAAAGUGCAUGGAGAACUGAUGGGGGAGUAUCUCCAUCAUAAAUAUGGUCUGGACUUCCGCUGCCUACGUUACCCAGGUGUGAUAUCAGUCAACACACCACCUGGAGGAGGAACAACAGACUACGCAGUUCAAAUCUUCCACGAUGCUCUCAGCACAGGUCACCAUGAGUGCUACCUGCGGCCCGACACCCGUCUUCCCAUGAUGCAUAUCUCUGACUGCCACCGUGCCACAGUAGAGUUCAUGCAGGCUCCAGAGUGCCAGCUGUCCCUGCGUACCUACAACAUUGCUGCCAUGAGCUUCACUCCAGAAGAGGUGGCCCAAGAAAUCCGCAAGCAUCUUCCUCACCUCAAGGUCACCUACAAUCCCGACUCUGUCCGCCAGACCAUCGCAGACAGCUGGCCCGUGAGGUUUGAUGACUCCAAUGCCAGGAGAGACUGGGGCUGGGCACCAGCCUUUGGGCUUGAGGAGCUGGUGACAGACAUGCUGCACUCCAUUCGAGACAAGAGGACAAACGAGGGUUUGCCAGUCAGCUAGCGAAACCUGCUCCACAAAGACUGACCAAUGCCCUCCCCCUGACUUUUCUUCAGCCUGCAUUUACCAGCAAUACACUUCCUUUCAUUUCACUUUCACAGGUUGUCAACCAGUAUCCUCUGUUACUCUGGAACAUUACAGCAAUGAGCCAGGCACUGUUUGUAAAGUAGGAAUUCUCUGUCAGAACCUCUCAAUAUACAGUGGACAGUGAGACAUACACAUGCACUCAAACACACAUAUAUCAGUCUUUUUCAGGGAAUCAUAUACUGUCAAACCUUCUCUUCAUCUUUGUUUUUUUUUAAUUGUUAUCAUGGUACAAGUAUCACUUUACACAUACAGGUAUGUUGCCUCAGAUGGAACAGAAAAAUACUUUUCUGUUAAACCUUUAGAGAUUUCCAAAUGUCAUGUUAAUCACACCCAAGGACACAAUAGUCUGUUAUAAUGUCUAUUAAAAUGUCUAAUACAAUAUGGACCAGUUGCACAUUUAGAGUAACAAAUCUGUUGUACACUUUGACUCCAGGAUCAUCUGGAAUGGCUGGCUCAGUUAACUCUGGACUGCAUUGACUCAUCAUGUAUUCUGGCUGUUUUAAAAGGCAGUGUUUUAUGCUGUGGCAUCUAACAGGAAGCCUUUAUUUUACUUUUUGCCAGCAGUGUGAUUUUGGUUAUGAACGAGUACCAAUAACAAAUUAAGCCUUAUUUACUGUAGAUUACUUUUGAAAAUAAUGUAUAAAAAUGCAGUGUACUUUGAAUCAGACUUUGAAUAAUAAAAAUGUUACUUACCCAAA